AUGGAAAAAUUGACACUUGAAGGAGAUAUAGGACCUACGAUAUAUAAGUCAAAAUCUCCAUAUGGAUAUAGAAGUCACCGCUUAAAUUUUAAUACAAAGUCUAACAAGGAGCUGCGUGAGACUUUUGCAUAUAAAAAGCCGAAUUGAAAAGGAUCAAGGAUUAUAAGGAAAAAUGUAUUGUCGUAUAGACCAUCUCUGAAUACUCUUGACAAAUCAGGGUCUGCUGUAAAUAUAUCGCAAACUUUUAGUAAAGUAAAUUCACCAACAGACUCUUCAAAGACAAAAAGCAUAAAUAAUAGUAUGGUCCAUGUCAGUGAAUAUAUAAAAAACGGUGCAGGUCCAAUGGUCGAGCACUUUUGAUAGUGUGCAUUUCACCGAAGUAUAUUUGGUCGAAAAUUGGUUGAAACUUUUUGAUAGUGAGCUAUUUGACUAAAAAAAAAUGUUAAGUUUCGACCGAAUGUCACGAUGAAAUGUAUAUUAUCAAAAAUAUACUUUCAUUUGGCAUGGAGCCUAUAAAACACAUAUAUCGAAAAAUCCUAUUGAAGUAGCCCAAAAAAAAUCAAAAUAUCAUGGAAAUAUCCCGUUUUAUUUGCAAGUGAAAAAUCAGCUAUCCUUUAAUAAUUGAAUUAUUUAAAAAAAUAAUUUAGAAAUUAAUAAAAUAAAUUUAUAUAUAAAUUUGCUUACAAUCAAGUAGCUCAAAUUCAGAUAAAUGCAUUUUUAGCAUAAAAGAAAGAUAUGUGCCUUUGUUUUCCUGCACAACUGUUCUAGCGAGCCCAAAAAAAUCAAAUUUAACAAGGUCAAAUUCUCCAAACCCCAUUUUUGAUACAAAAACAGAUCUCAAGCAACCAUCGAUUAUAGACCCUGAUUUAAUUAAUGACAAUCUCAUUGAGAAAUAUAUAAAAAACUCAAAUAAUAGAGAAAACAAGUUAAGAAUUGUCAGGUCAGGCUCUAUUAAAAAAACUAGCUCAAGGCCGAAAACAGCUUCUAAAGAGCAUGGCCUUGGCAAAGGUCGCAGAAGUGUCGCCACAAAUUUUGGAGAAACCGACGGCUCUGAGCUGACUGGAUGGAGCAUUCCGAUUUUUAUGAAUAAAAAAAAUAUUUUUUUAGAAAAAAAUAAAUAAUAAUUAAAAUAAUGAGUAUAAUCUUUAG